AUGGAUCCCUCAGCCAUGUUACCGCCUGGCCUCCCGCUGAUCCACUGCGUCGAGAUGCACACGAGCGGCGAGCCAACCCGCAUCAUCUAUAAUGGGUUCCCCAAGCUGACGGGCACAUUGCUGGAGCAGCGAGCGCAGGCGCAAAAGGAAUAUAGCCAUCUCCGUCGGAGAAUCAUGCUGGAGCCUCGAGGCCACGACGAUAUGUACGGCGCCAUCUUGUGUCGCGAUACCGAACUCACUCAGUCUGGCGAGGCCGACAUGGGCGUGCUCUUUAUGCACAAUGAAGGUUUCAGCACCAUGUGUGGCCACGCAACUAUUGCCUUGGGGCGCUUCAUCGUGGACAACCAGUUCAAUACCGAAAUCUUGCCAUCAGAAAGGAGCCUCAGAUAUGAUGCCGAGACCAAGACAACGCUCGUCCGCCUACAUGCUCCGUGUGGCAUGGUGGAGAUCCAGGUACCAUCACUGGGAGAGGGUCAGCGAGCCGACACAACAAGGCUCGUAUCAUUCACAUCGGUCAAGUCGUUUGCAACGGGGUUGAAUAUCACCAUUGAAAUUAGCCCCGAAUUUCGCUGGCCUCAGCUGGGCCAACGUACGAGCGUUACUGCCGACUUUAGUUAUGGCGGCGCCUUUUAUUGUUUGAUUACACCCGAAGAACUGGGCUUCCCCGCCGGCCUCGCGGAGCCCAACAAGUCGCAAAUGGGAUUCGCAACGACCAUGCUCAAGGCUGCAGCAAACUCGCGGCCUGAACUCCGAAAAUAUUUUCAACACCCUGACGCGACAGAGCUGGGGUUCUUGUACUCAAUCAUGUUGGUUGAGAGAAUUGGCGCGUCCUCUGAUGACGCGCAAAAUUCUGUAGGUGAAGAGACGGGACUCUGCUUCUUUGCCAAUCAACAGAUUGAUCGAUCCCCAACAGGAGGGGCUGUAGCGGCGCGUGUAGCCCUGGCACACGCUCAAGGUCAUCGCAAUACUGGAGAAAGGUGGCGAUACCAAUCCCUCUUGUCGCGACAUCAUGGAGGUCUUGGGUCAUUCGCAGGGACUAUUAUCGAUAAAGGACAUCUGCCAGCCAAAGAUGAUGGAAAAGAGCCCAUUUCAUUUGUUCGUGUCAAGGUUGAGGGUAGUGCGCACUAUUCUGGGUAUCAUGCCUUUGUGAGCGAGGACGAAGAUGUAAUUGGCAGGAAUGGGUUCUCGUUGAUUGACAUGGGGCUCUAG